UCACAGACGACGUUCAGGAGUCCGCCAUGUUGUCGAUCAAGGAGAAGAUGUUCGGGGUCCACUUGUGCUACGGAGGCGGGCCGGCCGUGGCGGCCGAAGCGAAGAGCGCGGAGGGGGCGACGACCGCGGCCACGACCCCGACGCCGGCGGGCCUCCUCCCCUGGGCGCCCCCUGAGGGGCCGCGGGCGCUGAUUGGUGGGGGGUGCCGCGCGGGGGCCCCGCGGGCGCUGAUUGGGCCCCUGGAGGGGGCGCCCCGCUCGCUGAUUGGGCCCCUGGAGGCGCCCCGCUCGCUGAUUGGCUGGCCGCGGCCGCUGCCGUUGAGGCCCACCAAGCUGCCGCUGCCCGAGGAGGAGCUGGACGGCUGCGAGCCCGAGGCCGGCGCCGAGCCCCAGGGCGGCCCGUUCGUCCCCUCGCCCACCGCCUCCGACCCGGAGGAGGCCCCCGCCGACGCCGCCCCCGACGCCGCCCCCGAGGGAGACGGCCUGCGCGAGGAGACGCUGGAGGUGGUCCUGCGGUACCUGCUGGAGGCCGCCCAGGGGCCCAAGGACGGCCAGGCGGGGGGCAAGGGCCGCCUGGGGGGGCCCUCCUCGCCGCGCGUGGCCCGCGCCGUGGAGACGCUGCGCCGGGUGGGCGACGGCAUCCUCGAGAAGCACCAGCUGGCCUUCCAAGGAAUGCUUAAGAAAUUGGAAAUCAAGAACAAGGAGGACUUGAAGUCUGUUUCAGAAGUUUCAAAGCAUGUUUUCAGCGAUGGCAUAACAAACUGGGGACGGAUUGUGACGGUCAUCUCCUUUGGUGCUUUCGUUGCCAAAUACCUGACGAGUAUAAACCAGGAGAGCAACAUUAUUCCUUUGGCAGAGAUAAUCACCGAUGUGCUGGUGACGGACAAACGAGAAUGGCUAGUCUGUCAUAACGCCUGGGAGGGAUGUGUUAAGUUCUUCCAUGUAGAGGACAUCGAAAGCAGCAUCAGAAAUGUUCUGAUGGCUUUCGCAAGUGUUGCGGGACUAGGAGCAGGCUUGGCAUACAUGAUCCGGUGAGCCAGGAGAGCGCUCCCUGAGCGGAGCUAGUCUGGACUACUGUUCCUGUUGUGGCUAGAAAGCUGAGCUGAUGGGAGAAUAAACGUCUGGAAAUCCUGUGGAAUAUUUGGCAAGAACUGUCAGUUAUAGAAGGUAACCAGCAAGGAUGGUUUUGCAGGUGGGAGUAGAUCUGAAAGUGAAGAAAUGUGCACUCAGCUUCCUAGAAGCAGCACGAGAGCAAGUUAAGAGGACUUGAAGCCCGCCAGAGCACAAACCUUGGUCGUGGACUACCCCACAGCUAUAUUGAGCUCGGUGUCAUAACUUGCGGAUACGUAUCCCAUUCGCACAAAGUUGUGAUCAUAGGCCAAGCAGUAUCUGAAAUACCACCUCAUAAGCGGGUAGAGCUUGGGAUGAAAUGGAAGUUUGUGAUGUGAAAAAGAAGAAUCUUCAGGUGCACACAGAAUGCCUUUAUCUGUUGGCUGGCACAGUUGUGCAUUGUCCACAGCGGAGUGAAAUUGACUUAUGACCUCAAAAAAAAAACCCCAUUCUGACUCCUCCUCGUGUUCUCUUAAGGGCUGAUUCUUUUGUACUUAGCUCUACAGUUUUGUUUCGAUCCCUCCCCCAAUAAAUCUUGGAAGCAGUACACUGCCAUAGCUCCCAAGGACACGUGCAGCUCUGUAAGAAGGGAGCACAGACUGUAAAUAUGUUAAAAGUUCCUGGGGAAGCUAAGCAGGACUCUGUACAUAUGUCUGAAACUGUACAAAGUGUACAUUUUUGCAGAGCUUUAUCUUUCGGUAAGGUUGUAAAGAGGGUUUUGAAUGUAAUCAGAGUCAGCUUUUGAAACUAUUCCUUAGCCCCCCCCCUUUAAAAGAAAAAUGCUGGACCUUCCAGAAAAUUCUGUUUAACAUGCUCAAGUAACAUACAGUUUCUUGGCAUAGUCUGGUUACCUUGCCCAGUUACUGGAUGGCUGUAGUCCUUUGGUUAUUAUUUUUUUUCCUAUAGUUGAGGGCACAUUUUGAAUUGAUGCUAGGCAUUUUCCAUUUCUUUAACAUUAAUUUUAAAGCUAAAAUUACAAGUGAAUGUCAUAUUUGUCUCUAAGAAUAAAGAAUAAAAUGACUCCAUUAAGUUGGCAAUGCAAAUGCAUUGAAGCACAA